AGCGGUGAGACGCCGUUGGCUUUGUUGGGACCACCAUUACUUUCAGCGAGUCAGCUGCUAAUUGCGAGAGAUUACGGUGAAUAUUCACAAUGUUUUAUGCUUAUUAGACAUUGUUAACUUCUUUUAAGUUCACAGCCAGCGCUCGUUUCGCCUUGUGGACGCUUCAGACGACAGAAGCAGAGUAUCCUCUGAAUAUAAACAAAACGCAGCGAGCUGCUCUUUAAGGUGGCGCGGCAAGGAUAGCUGCGACAACAAGACUCGUCCUGGUCCCGUUUGUUAAGUUGGCUAACUUCGUGUUGGCCGCGUAGGCAGCGAUGGAAAUGACCAUACAGCUUUGUUAGGAGUUGAACUCCAAAACGUGUGCGUGCGAACAUGAGAGAGAAGGACAGUUUGUUGUCAGGAAGGCAACCCAUGGCAAGUGAAAGAGGGGGUGAACAUCCCUGCUGCUGCCCCUACUUCACAGAGGAGAAAGGAGCACUUGCUAGCGACAAGGGUGACCUGAGGACUCCUGAUCAUUUGUCCGCGUCUAAGUAGGAUAAAAUCAGACUUUGGCACAAUAUGGAGACGGUGGGGAAAUUCGAGUUCAGUCGGAAGGACCUCAUAGGACAUGGCGCAUUUGCUGUCGUGUUCAAAGGCAGAAACCGAGAGAAACAUGACUGGGAGGUGGCAGUAAAGUGCAUAAACAAGAAGAACUUGGCAAAAUCCCAGACACUGUUGGGAAAAGAGAUCAAAAUACUCAAGGAACUGAAACAUGAGAACAUUGUUGCAUUACUGGACUUUCAGGAAACUGCCAGCUCAGUGUACCUGGUAAUGGAGUACUGCAAUGGGGGUGACCUGGCUGACUACUUACACUCCAAAGGCACGCUCAGUGAGGACACUAUUCGGGUUUUCCUGCAGCAGAUUGCAGGGGCCAUGAGAGUCCUACAGUCGAAAGGCAUAAUCCACAGGGACCUCAAACCCCAGAACAUUCUGCUUUCCUAUCCACCAGGACGCAAGUCACACUCAAACAACACCUGCAUCAAGAUCGCGGACUUUGGCUUUGCCAGGUACCUUCAGAACAACAUGAUGGCGGCAACCCUCUGUGGGUCCCCCAUGUACAUGGCUCCCGAGGUCAUUAUGUCCCAAAACUAUGAUGCCAAGGCUGACUUGUGGAGUAUAGGAACCAUAGUGUUUCAGUGCCUGACUGGGAAGGCUCCUUUUCAGGCUAGCAGUCCCCAGGACCUCCGGCUGUUCUAUGAAAAAAACAAGACUCUCAGCCCCAACAUCCCCAGAGAGACUUCAAGCCAUCUGAGGCACCUGCUGCUGGGUCUGCUGCAGCGCAACCACAAGGAUCGCAUGGACUUUGAUGAGUUUUUUUGUCAUCCUUUCCUGGAGGCUAGCUCAUCCGUGAAAAAGACGACUCCUACUGUGUCCAUGACCUGCUUCCCAAGCUCUGCAUCAGCCAGCUCAUGUAGCAGCUCUUCCACCUCUCACCUUGCCUCACCACCGCAGUCUCUUGCUGAGGUUCAGCAUUUGCGUGCCAAAGCUCUGGCCUCCCCUACCCAGGAGGCCACUGGUUUUCUCCUCAAGGACUCAUCUGGAGGGGGCGGCAGCAGCAAGAACUCCUCCUCCUGUGACACAGAUGACUUUGUGAUGGUGCCUGCUCACUUCACCAGUUUGCCAGCGGGUGAGCUGACAUGUGAGAGUAAAGUGCUGCCGGACAGCCUGAUGAACAGCGGCUCUCUCCUGGCUUCUGCUGGUCUGUGUAGCCAAGCCAAAACACCACCACACUCACCUUCCUACAGUGGGUCUCCAAGUCCUGUGAGGCCCAGUGAGUUCUCUGGAGGUAACUGUGGUGGUAACUAUGGAAACCAUGGUCAGUCAUUGCCUAUCCCAGUCCCCACUCAGCUCCAGAACUAUCAGCGCAUGGAGCAGAACCUCUAUUCUACCAAACAGGAUGGCUCACCACGGCUGUCGACACCAGUGCGUCGUUGCAGCAGUGGAAGCUCGUUGGGCUUUGCUCGGACCGGGCCGUCACCACCUUAUGGGCAGGGAGCCAUCCCCACCAAUCGCAGGCUUUCCCUGGGAGGUGCCAGACCUUUUCAGCUCUCCCCUCAAGCUCCUCAGCACGUUGAACCCCGGCUGACAUCUCAUCAACGCCCACCGAUGACAGGACUGGGCACACGGCUCCACAGUGCCCCCUGUUUGUUGGAGUGUGCAAGUGGUGGGGGCAGGCAGAAGAUCAGGAAGCAGCACUCGGACCCAGUGGUGGCCCCCUCGGCAGGCCUGAUGACUGUCCGCCCUCUACACUCUUCCCCCAGGCUCAGUGAGCUGAUGCAGCGUAGCCCCCUCCCCACCAUCCUGGGCUCCCCUUCCAGGACCAUCCCUCCAUUUGAAUUCCCCAAGCCCCCCAGCUCUCCGAACCUUGUGACCUUCCUGACACAGCAGGGUUUGGUCAUUGGCUCCCCUUGCAGCAGGACUGCCCCUACAGAGCCCAGAGACCCAGGACAGCUAACUCCUACACAGGUCACCCAGCCUGCCCACUGCAUCCACAGACUGAAUGAUGAUACCAAGGGCUUUGGAAGGUCUCAGAGCGCUGGUCGUCUGUCCGACAUGCUGCUGAUGGCUGCAUUUGGACCAGGAGGACUUGUGGGUGACCGAGGUAGUACAGAGAACCUGACCUCUGAAAAAGCCAUAGACAUAACAGUGCCCUCCGGCGGUGAGGGAGGCCUUGCACCUAGCUCCAGCAGCCCAGCACAGGUGGUUUUCACUGUGGGCUCUCCUCCCAGUGGCAGCACCCCACCUCAUACCUCCAGACAGAGGAAAUACUCAGGCUCCUUCACUGCAGUCAGCCCUGCAGGCUCCUUCACAAGUCGCUACCCCCAGAUAGGCACCUAUGUGGAUGGCUUUGAGGCUCCUUCCAGUCCACGCUACAGUUUCACUGAUCCUAUCACAGCCAAUAUGGGCGGUCAUGUAACCUUCGAGGCUCCUGAGCUGCCUGAGGAGACACUGAUGGAGCAAGAGCAUACAGACACAGUGCAAAGCCUGCGUUUCACGUUGGAUUUCGCCCGCUGUCUGAUGGAGGUGGCUGGAGCCCGUGGGGCUGCGGUGCUUGGGGAGCUGGCGGAGCUGGGGGACAUUUCUCAUCCCUCACUCCUUCAGCAGCAGAGCCUUGUAGCAGAUCAGAUAAGCUCACUGAGCCGAGAGUGGAGCCAUGCAGAACAGCUAGUUCUCUACCUUAAGACUGCAGAACUCUUGUCCACUGCCUUACACACAGCCAUGGAGCGAGUUCAACAGGGCAAACUCUACCCAUCUGCUACAGUUAAACAAGUUGUGAAGAGGCUAAAUGAGCUGUACAAGACCAGUGUGGCAUCCUGUCGCUCACUCAGCACCCGUCUGGAGCGCUUCUUUUCAAGGAAGCACCGUCUAAUGGACCAAAUCACCUCCAUCACAGCUGAGCGGUUGCUGUUCAGCCACACCGUGCAGAUGGUUCAGGCUGCUGCGCUGGACGAGAUGUUCCAUCAAGGGGAAGCAUCAGCCCUGCGUUAUCAUAAAGCUCUCCUGCUGAUGGAGGGCCUGUCUCUGCUGCUCACUGAACAGGAGGACAUCCUCCGUGUUAGCAAAUGUAAGGAGUGUAUUGAACGCCGUCUCACAGCUUUGCAGUCAGGACUCUGUGUUUGAGAGUCCUUUGCUGCUUCUUGGAGUGUGGAUAUGAUGUCACUCAAUUGCACCCUGCACAUUACCAAGGAACCAAAUAUCUUCCCAUAUCUCAUGGUUUUCACUUAGCAAUGCUUUAGUUUUCACAAGAAACCCACAAGGCCUCAGUCUUUGCCGUACCUUUCAGGGUUUGUGCUCUCUAAAUAGCUUGCUAUUCGUCUCAAGUUUUGGACAGUGGAAGUGACUUCCCCAAUGCUAAACUUGUACCAGUGUUGUACACGAAGCACUUGUGCUGUGAAAGAAUGUCUGCUCUCUCGCCUAUGUGAGAGGACUUUGCUCCUGGCACUGAACAUGGUAUUUUAUAUGCCAAGAAGAAGAUUCCCCUCACAAGGAGUAACACAUGCAGGAGCAAUUAUUGCCAAGUAGUCACAUAUAAUACUUAUCUGAACAUAAGUAGAUAGCAUUUUAGGAUGGACAAAUAUACACAUUAUGAAUUUGCAAUCUACAAAGUUUGUAGACAAAAAAGUUAUCUUUUACCAAGAUCAGUUGCUAGUGUUAGAUGUACAGCACCUGCUGUACAUCUACACACAGUAAGGACAAGUGGUGAUGAACACCUGGAAUGGCCAAGUAUCAUUCUCAUCAAAUGUAUGUUUCUCUUAUACCCUUUGUUUGCUUUCCUGUGUUUAUUUUUUCUGUUCUUUGUUUUUUAAAUCUAAUUGUUACUUGCUUGCUGAAGGGAAGGUGGUGGCUGGAAGUGCAUACAAGCACUAUUACACAACUGUUGCCAAAUUGACUUAUUUGUUAUUUUUGUUGCUGUAUUAUGCUUUAUUUUAGAUUCACUGUAGGUAAGUAAACUGAUUUGGAGGAGACAAAUCCCAGUGUUUGAUACUUUACAGAUUCUAUAGUUGCUUAAUGUCAAAGGCCACAUCCCAUUAUUGAAACAAUGAUGUAAUCCUGAUUUUGUUUUGUAAGUGGUGGCAGGGAUUAAAACCAACAGGAAGAAAAUGGGUCCAAAAAACAUUCACUACCCCACUGUUACAUGCAGAAUAUAGCGUUCAAUUGAAGAGGGACUGAAAGUGGUCUGUUAGCAUCCCUUAUCACAAUCAUGUUAAAGAUGCUGUGAUAAACUGGGAUGUAUUCUUCAGGUAUACAGGAGCUUAGGUGCCGCCGUUGCUGGAAAUUUCUUCACACGAUUCCAUAUUCUGUCAUAUUUUAUCAAUCAUUUGUGCCGGAGUUUAGCAAGUAUAAACAAAUUUGAAUGUAGGGCUGACAGAAGAUAGACAGCUUUAAUAUUAGCCAAUUGUUCGAUAACUCCAAUUUAGAUCUAUUCCGGGGCGAAAGUCUGAUUGUUUUUGUACUGUUGAAGUACUGUAUAGAACGAUCUUGAGUGGUGCGUGCUAAACAUGUCCAGUUUUUGUGGAUACCUAGACAGAUUUGCUUAUUUAGAGAUUUCUACUUCCACACUUUUAUUGCUAUUUUUGUUUUAGACCCUGUCAGAUGGUAAUGUGUGUUAGAUGUGAGGAUGUUGACUUAAGUGAUCAUAUAAGCUAUGAAACCUUAGAGAGAUUUCUUUUACAAGGAAAAGGAAAAGCCAAAUGGCUUUACACUGAAAAAUAAUUUGCAUCGAUUGUGUUCUGUUUCAGAGUAGUCGGUGUGUGUGAUGAUUGUGUUUGACUUUGAAUAGGGUUCUUGUUGUGUGCAUUUUGCCUGAAAUAUUUGUGUAUUGUUAAUAUUGACUUUAGCCAUACAUCCCAGCAGGAUACCUUCACUCUCCUAAAUUUUGGGCUACUGGGUAGGGUCAACUUCUACUAGGGUUGCUUUCAAAGAGAAGUUUGCGUGUGUGAGUGAUGUUGAUUGAUGAAUGGUGGAUUUGCUCUCUGGAUGUUGCUGGCUCUGAGUAGGAUCCCAGUUUGCCAUAUGAAACUAAAUCAUCCACUGAAACCAAGGGUUCCUCUGGUGCAACUCACUGCCUGGCCCAGUACUACUUUCUUUACCCUGCGGUGUAUAGUCCUCUUUUUAAGUUAAUUAAGAUGGUGACAGUGCAUAUUUUAGAAUAAACUGAGGAUGUCUGGUCAGGGCUGAAGGUAGUUAACGCUGAGAUUAUGAAGCCAAUAUAGUAGCACUGUCAGCAGGACUGGAGCAAAGUUUUUUUUCUCAGUGAAGAUUUCUCUAAAUAUACAUUAAGUGUAUUUGCUUUGUGGCCUUUUGUAUUUUAUCAGAGAACUUUAUCUGAAAUGUUCAUAGAUAUUAAUCCACCAAGAGCAUUCUGCAUUUGUUUGUUAUACAUUCCUUAUAUCAACUCAUCCACAGGCUCUCUGGUCUUGUUCUUCUCAGUGAAUAUGUAGUGGUGAUGUCUCAAAAGAUAGUUAGUAGAAGGUGAUGACAUCUGACCUUUAUACAACUGAUGCAUGUGUCACUUUUCAUUGUUCCCUACAAUCAUUGCUAUCGGCCAUCCUAAUGAUGAUUAUCUUGGGUAGUAGUGAAAUGCACCAUCAAGAUAGUCUGUGCAGCAGUUGAAAAAAAAAUAAGAGUAUAAUGAUAGAGCAAGUUGGGGUAGGAAGUGUGGACAUAGUGCCCUACAUCAAGCACGUAUCCACUCUACUUAACUGAAGUGACCUUGAGUGUAAUACUGACUCCCUACCUGCUCCAGGGCUUUGGUUCACAUAAAGAUAAAAUUAAGUGUAACCUUCAUGAAGAUUCGGCUGUGUGCACUCCCAUGAUAGAUUGAUUUGGAUUAUUAUGUUUAUAUGUUUUUAACAGACCUGAAUGUUUUUCAUUUUGUGCUUUUACUUUAUUAAUUCUGUAUUACCUGUAAAUAUUGUAAAUUAAGUUAUUGUUGUUGUUCUGUAUAUGAUGCUACAGGCAUGGAGAGGACUGUACCAUACCACCUCUACAUUUCCAAAGAGUAGGCCUUCUGCUGAUCUUCCAUAUUGUCUCUUACUGUUGCAAAAGCAUUUUAAUGUUGUCAUAUCUAUGACAGACACACAAACUCAGUGCCCCUGUGUGUGAUGUAACCUUUACUGUUUGAGAGUUGCAACAUGAAUAAAGUGAUAAGGAAUGGUAA